AUGAGAUGUUCUAAUGGCAAAGCAGCAGAUGUCAAAGACUAUCUCAUGUCACUAGAACAGCACGAAGAGCACUCAAAUUCAAGCGAACUGCUAUCUUCCGCAAACGGAGAUGGCGACUUUGAAAACCGCCCAUUUUCAUCAACAUCGCCACCUUCGACAAAUGGGCAACCAUCUUCUUCUUUUACUACUACCACUACUACUACUACCGCUGCCACUGCCACUACGACUAGAGCUACUGGUGGUGAUGAUAGAGAAGAUGACGAUGGUUUGACACCAGCAAAACACGCGUUUGCCAGGAUAUGUCUAGCGUGCCGAACUGGAGAUUUUGAAGCUGUUGACUCUCUUCUUAGUACUCCCAAUCUAGAUAUCAAUCAGGUGGAUGAAUACGAUAAUUCACCAUUGAUCCUAAGCUCAUUGUGUGGCCAUAUUAAAAUUGUCGAACUCCUACUUCAGCGUGGCGCAGUUUGUGAUAGAGACACUUUUGAAGGUGCAAGAUGUGUUUAUGGUGCAUUAACCGAUGAAAUUAGAGAUCUUUUGGUGAGUUUUGACAUCUCAAAGGCAGUAGAUGUCAACCAGCCCUUUGCUGCUCAUAUCGCCUCUUUACUCAACUCAAGCGCAGAAAAAGAUAUUCUUUUCAAGAUUCAACUGGAAGAGCCAGCGACUCAUGUUAGUGGUGAUGAGAAAGAGAAUAAGGUACUUGAACCUGAACUUGAAUUCGAACAGGAACUGCAACAGGAAUAUAUUGGCUUGCACAGAUUCUUGCUAGCUGCGAGAAGUCCCUUUUUCAAACGCAAACUUCUUUCUGGUGAUUGGAAGGAUAAAGUUGUAGUAACCCUCCCCAAAUCAGUGACGAUUGAAGCAUUUCAAGUAAUUGUGGACUACUUGUACCUUAGGACUAGUUCAAUGGCUCUCACUGACAAAUCAAUCCAAAAAAAAGUCAGAGACUUGGCAAAAGAAUACCAACUUCAAGAUUUGGUCGAGGGUCUAGACGAAAUUGCCAAAGCCCAAAGUAAAAAAGAACAGUAUAAAAUCAAGCACAAUUUGGCAAUCACUUUUGUUGAAAAGGCACGCAAAGACUUGGACAUCUUUCUCGCUGAAAAUAUUCUUCUGACUAGUGUUCAAGUACCACUAAACUUUGACCAAGAGGUGGAUUUUGAAGAUAUUGAUUGUCUGUCGUAUUUGUCACAAAAAGAUCGUGCCCAUUUCUUGCAACAACCUUCAAUCCCCGAUGUGGUUCUUGGCAUUAUAGACUUGGCCACUGAAUCAGUAUUUUAUUACCCAGGAAACAAAUCCAUCUUAGCAAGGUCAGAAUACUUUGACACAAUGUUCAAAGUUGGAUUCUCCGCAUCCUCUGCACAUGAAAAGAAGUCGUCACUUUAUACAGAAGGGUUAAUCAAAAUUGUUAAUCGUCCGGCUUUUGAAGAUGAACAUCUUCCAUUCUUGCAGCUUUCCAGCAGUAUUGCGACACAAGAAGUUGCAAAUAUGGUACUUUCAUACCUUUACCACGAUGAUGUUAAGGAGAUGCAUUUGAAGCAUCUAAUUGAGCUUCUUUACACGGCAGACGAACUACUUCUAGACAGGUUGAAAACCAUGUGUGCUGUUCGAGUCAGUUCCUAUUUCUCUAAACUAGACUAUGCAGAGUUUCAGCUGCUCUCUGAUGAACUCGACCACGAUGCUUACGAUUUAAUCCGCGUGGCGUGGCAAACCAGAUGUGACAAACUUGAACAACAUGUAACAAAGAUGAUUGCUCAUAACUUACAGUACAUUUUCAAAGACGAACAUGAAAAGCAAAGACUAGCCUCUUUAAUUCAGGACUCUGCAGCAAGGAUUCAAGAGCGUCAAGAUACCGAUACGAUUGAGUUGGUUGAUGAUAUUCGAUACUAUUUAACCAAAAAGUAUGCAAUAAGUCAGGAUAACGAGACAUUUGAUCCAUUAUCCUUUGGAAGAGAUUGGCAUUCAGAGAAUAUCAAAUUGUACCAAAGCGCGGUUGUGAAAUACGAACGGGAUAUCGAGAUUGUAGACACUAUGUUAGAGAGCUUAAACUUAGAUGCUUAG